CCUCCCCGCUGUACUGCAAAUAAUGCUUCGGUGAAAGUAACAACGCCAACGCAGUUCAUCGGCAACGCCAAUCGCUCCUGAAAGUUAUGAAAUUCGCUGGUACUAGACGCCAAUGACGGUAACUCCACUUGUCUGAAGAGAGGAAACGGCUGCCGCCUUUCUCUAUGUCGGGGCGAUAUCUGAAACGUUACACUGGAGGUUUUGACGAUGGUGAGGUGCCAGAAACAGAAGACAAACAGCGUCUCCGCUUCCAAGUAGAGUUGGAAUUUGUACAGUGCUUAGCCAACCCUAAUUAUUUGAACUUUUUAGCUCAAAGAGGAUAUUUCAAAGAUCAGGCGUUUAUUAAUUAUUUGAAAUACCUUUUAUACUGGAAAGAGCCAGAAUAUGCCAGAUAUUUAAAGUAUCCCAUGUGCUUAUACUUCCUGGACUUGUUGCAAUAUGAACAUUUUCGCCGGGAGGUUGUAAGCUCUCAAUGCACCAAAUUCAUAGACGACCAACAGAUUCUUUUGUGGCAACACUACACCAGGCGCCGAACCCGGCUACUCCAGAAGCAGGCUGAAGAGUCAACUGUUGGGGUGCAAGCAAACUCCCAUCCACCUGGCACAGCCAAUGGGACUGGAAACGGUUUCAACUGCAGUAGUCAAACUAAUGGUCAAGGACAGGCUGUGCAAAAAGUUCCUUAAGUGAUAACAAUAGAACUUUUGUGACAGAAGUGAUUGUCUAGUGAACUUGUGAUUUGUUGGAUAGGAGGUGUUAAACUCGUUAGGGCCAAUAUUUUUUCUUUAUUGUUUUAAUUAUUACUGUUCUUAGAAAACCA